GCUCUGCGCUGUUCAUCCAAGCAACAAUUAGAGAGAAAGCUAAAGGACGAAAAUAAAAAGAUAAUAUUUUUUUAAUUCUGCUCUGUGAAGACGACGAAAGCAGAAGAAGACCUAGCUUCGCCGCCUCUCUGAUCGGCGGUAUUUAUACUCCGGCUACUGGAUUCUCCCUAAUUCAUCAUCUGCUUGAUCGAUCUUCUUUUCUGUGUUUGACCGAGACUUUGCACUGAUUAAAUCAAUCGGGGAAGAGUGGAAGGCGAGUCGUUUGAUAUAAAUCGAAUCGUGCGAUUACUUUUUUUGAGGCGAGAUACGGUAGAUUUUGUUUGAAAUUCAUCUUGGAGGAGUUGAUCUGAUCUAAUCUCGCAUCGGUGGCGGAUUUGGUGAUUUGAGUGAUGUUAAAAAGUUGGCCGACAGGUGAGGUUAUACAUUGAGGAUUACGCUGGGCAUACACCCUUAACUUUCUGGAUCAAGUGAAAAGGAAGUGAGGAAUAAGAAAUUCUAGUUGUGCUGAACCUACGUGGAUGGGACUGCACUGAAAAGUAUGACAAGCACUGGCAGUUUAGAGCUCAAGGCUACGAUCAAUAACAGUCUUCCUUGGAAAAUGGUGGCUAAAGGUAGUAGGAGUUCCACAAGGCGUACUAAGAAACAAGUUGCACGAGCAGCAGCCCCAGAUAUUGAGACAGAAUACAAGAGCGCAUCAUGUAAAGCAGCAGAAGGAGAUUCAGAAUCGGAAAAGCUUGGCGUUUCUGUUCUAGGUCAGCAUUUCGCAGAAACUGCAGGGCAUCUUCCGAUGAAGAAACGGAGAUUCAUGGUUCCUGCUCCUUCACCUUUGAAUAGGUCCUCUGCUCGCGGUGAAGGCUCACAACAUCGUGCAGAGAUCAAUCAUGCUCUGCCUAUUUCGAGGUUGAACCCUAAUCUGAAGGGCGGGAAAACAGCAGAAGUCUCUGAUGAUAGACCCGAUUGCGGCAGUCAUGACUUCUCAAAGAGAAUCCUAAAUGUGGAAGGAGAUGUAUUACUUACAUGUUUUCUUAUUCCUCUGGAUACACCCAAUCUCUCAUAUGUUGAGGAAAAAGAUGCUUUGACCUUGUCUACUCGCAUGGAAGGAAAUGAUUCAUCUACUGGCACUCUUGAUGUCCCUGGGAAAGAUAUUACGAUUGUAUCUAGUGACAAGGUUGUGGAAGGCAAGAGCGAAAUCAUAGUGCCUCAAAAAGUUCUGGUUGGUACUUUGGGUAGUAAAUCGUCUGCUGAUCAUAGUGAAGAGCAUGGUAUAUUAGCAUCAAGUGGUAUGAUAGUGGCUCAGAAUAUCGGCAUUGCUGUUUCGAAUGAAUCCUCAACAGAAAGGCCAAAGGAAAGUAUGGAAGCAGGUGAUAGCGGAAAUUUAGCACCUCAGAGUGAGACUGUCAUUGUGUCAGAGAAUUUAUCUGGAGAUGAGCGCACGGGAAAGGGUAAGAACUCUGAAUGCCUUACAGAUGAUAGGCUACACUGGGAUUUAAAUCUUCCAACAGAUGCGUGGGGUCAGCCUUGUGAUGUAAUCGAUGAAGCAUCCCGAAGAUACUCUGAUGGAGAAGUCACCGAGUCCGUUACAGAGAGUAAACGUGUAGAUGUUAGUAAGGAUUAUGCGGCUGACCCGAUUGCAUCAGAUGUGCACAUGAAUUCUCCAUCUCUGUCAGGACCUAAGGCUGAAGCCUCUGGUCGAAAUGGGAAGGAGUGCCAUUCUGGUUAUGAUUCCCAGUUUGAGGAUGGAGAGUUGAGGGAACCAUACCCUUGGGAAGAAAACGAGGGUGAUAGUGGAGAUGUUGAACAAGUGGAUUAUGGGUCUGAGCCAGAGAAUGAGCGGUUCUACUCUUUGGGUGAAGGUAAUGAGAAUAAGCUAGAGAACGUUGAGAAGGAAAUCCUGGCAGAGACAAAGUGUGGAGCUGUCAAGUGUGAAUCUGGCAAUUUGCAUGAAGGAAGUAGCGAUAUAGAGAAGCAUAUCGUGGUUUGCAUGAAUGAUUCACAUUCAAAAGGAUCUUCUCCAUCAAGGAGCUUCGGGUCAAAACCAUUCAGGGACUUGCCUUCACAUGAAACCAUCCCAAGGAGAAGGCCUGACAGUUACGAAGAGUUGAGUGAGAGGGACACUGGUCCAAAUAAGUUUGUCGGGAGAGACAGAUCAGGGAUGCGUAUGCGAAGCAGGAGUCCCGGGAAAGGACAGUUCGGUGGCUGGGAUUCCAAACGUCGCUUCUCGCCACCUCUUAACAAAGGUGGUUCAUACGGAUUUGGACGUCCACGUCCCAAAACCGUUGUGGAGGGCCGAGGUAUGAUGAAUGGCUUUGAUCAGCCAGGGCCAGGUCCACAUGGCUAUGUUCGUAGGCAGUUCUCAAAUGGAGGAUACCGGGGUCGGUUCAGAAGGUUCCCAGAUGGCGACGGGAAUCGUGGUUUCAGAGGCGUAGAUCGUCCCUUCCCUGGUGAUGCUAACGACUAUCCGAGCCGCAUGCACAACAACAGGAUGAAUGGACGGAGAGAAAGAAGCAACUCCCCUCCUGUCUUCAGGAGAUUGCACGACCCUCAAUCACGGUCCAGGUCCAGAAGCCGUUCCCCAGUCUCAUGGAACGGUCGGAACAGAAGUCCUCCCGGGUUCAGGGGCGAUGAAAACAGGAUGGAGAGAGUGAGGUUGCCGUUCCAGAAACGGUUUCCGCUCGACCAAGAUAUGGCUUUCAUGUCGCCGCCAAGAAACCAACGAAACUCGAGGUUUUUCGAUGGAAGAAACAAUGAUGGUGCUGGGGAGAACCAUCAUCACCAUAAUAACCUGAGGGGAAGAAAAUCGCCGCCAGGAAGGAUGUUUAGACCAGAGCAGAGGUUUGACAACAUGAGAAGGGUGAAUUCAGACAACACUAAUUUCAGACCAUUUAUGCGGCAUAAUAGUAGAAGGUUUGGUGAUGGUGGUGGAGGCCGAGGGGGAGGGUGUAAAUAUGAGGGAUCGGAGGAGGAGAAGAAUGGGAACAGGUAUGAGAUGGUGCACCGGCCUCCUCCACCUCGACGUUUGGAGGCAAUGGAAGAAGACGGUGAUAACAUCCGACGGUUCAGAUUGAACGCAGAGCAACAACAACAACAACAACACUCUGUUGUUUCCAACAACGACAGCGAGGCGUCAUAACAAAUAACACUCUUUUUAGUCUUUUUUGGGUUUUGGUAGCUUCUCUUUUCCAUCUUUUGGUGUUUGGGGUUUAACUUUAAACGGCACCAGAGUUUUAGGAUGCCUGGUGAUGGUGUUUUCUUCUGGGUUAGGUUUUCCAUUUUACCUCAGGCUUCCACUAGAUGGCUUCUAGAUUUUUGUUGCUGUGUUUUGUUGCUGCUCUCUUUUCCUUUCUUAGAAAGUAGUUUUGUGGAAGAAGAAAAAAUGAAAAAGAAAUGAAAUGUUUCUGCAAAAUAUUUUUCGUUCAAUGUAGUGGUUUUUUGGUUCAA